CGUCCCACUCUCUGCCAUCCUCCCCAUCUCUUCUGGCUGUAGAUCCCGGUUCCAGCCAAGAGCAGCGAUGUCUGACGCAGAGGAAUACGAGGAUCAGGUGGAAGAGGAGGAGCAGGAGGAGGAACAGGAGAUAGAGCAAGAUGGGGAACAGGCAGGAGAUGGAGAAGGAGAGCAGGAGACGCAUGAGGAAGAGGAGGAACGCCCUCGACCCAAGCCCAUGGUUCCUCAGCUUGCCGCCCCGAAAAUCCCAGAGGGGGAAAGGGUGGACUUUGAUGACAUCCACCGGAAGAGGAUGGAGAAGGACUUCCUGGAGCUGCAGACCCUGAUCGACGUCCAUUUUGAGCAGAGGAAGAAAGAGGAAGAGGAGCUCAUUGCACUGAAGGAGAGGAUUGAGCGACGUCGGUCCGAGAGGGCGGAGCAGCAGAGGGUUCGAGCCGAGAAGGAGCGCGACAGGCAGACGAGAAUCGCGGAGGAACGCCAGAGGAAAGAGGACGAAGAAGCCAAGAAGCGUGCAGACGAUGAAGCCAAGAAGAAGAAGGUGCUCUCCAAUAUGGGGGCCAACUUUGGAGGCUUCCUGGCUAAGGCUGAACAGAGGAGGGGUAAGCGUUUGACUGGAAGGGAGAUCAAGAAGAAGACUUUAAACGAGCGACGCAACCCUCUGGCCAUCGACAGCAUGCGGGAGGAUGGACUAAGAGCUCGAGCACAAGAAAUGUGGAACGGGAUCUAUCAGCUGGAAUCUGAGAAAUUUGACUUCAUGGACCAGAUGAAAAGACAGAAAUAUGAGAUUGUUGUGCUGCUGAAUAGAAUUUCCCAUGCCCAGAAAUUUAAAAAAGGCCACGGAAAGGGCAAAGUCGGCGGCCGCUGGAAAUAGGGCAGCGUGUGAAGACGCAACGGAGCUGUGUCGGGGGCGGGGCAGGGGGAGGAGCUAAGCGUGCCCCCCCCAACUCUACAGCAACAGCAGUGCACAGCCAGACUGACAGGCCGCGUAACAUUUGGGUGGUUAUUCCACCUCUAGCUUUCUGGCAGCAUCCUGCUCAUGCCUUGGAUAUUCAGUCAAGAGCAAUAAAAAUAAACCUUACGUAUAGAAAACGA